AUGUCACAAUAUAUUAUUUCAACUGCUAAUUUAAUAUCUCAUCGAGUAACAAUUUAUUUGGGUAUACCUAUCUUUUUCCUUGGUGUGAUAGGUGGAUUUUUCAAUAUCAUUGUUUUUCUUAGUCUAAAAACAUUUCGACAAAAUUCAUGUGCAUUUUAUUUAACUAUCAUGGCAAUGGUUAGUAUUGGAUAUUUAUCUACAGGUUUACUUACAUUUAUAAUGAUGUAUGGAUACAAUAUUGAUUGGACAAAGCAAUCAAGUUUUUAUUGUAUUGUUAGAGAAGGUUUUGUUCAUGUUUGCAUGUUAAUUGCUUUUACAUGUUUAUGUCUGGCAACAAUUGAUCAAUUUUCAGCAACUUGCUCAUAUCCACGUUGGCAAAGAUUGUGCAAUAUUAAUUUAGCCCGUCAAUUAUGCGUAGCAUUUAUUGUUUUAUGGUUUCUUUAUGGAAUUUUAUUUUUUACUUCUCAUGCUUUGAUAAUUGAUCCUUCGUCUGGUAAUCUAGAUUGUCAAGUUAUAAAUGAAGCUUUCCACCAAUAUCUUAAAACUUGGCAUGUUCUUAUAUUUUUGGGUGUAUUACCUAUCUCUGUUACAGUUAUAUUUGGAUGUUUAGCAUAUAGAAAUGUACAAAAAUUAUCUUAUCGAACAUUACCUCUUGUUCGACGUAGAUUAGAUAAACAAUUAACAAUGAUGGUAUUAACGCAAGUUGUUUUUAAUUUUUUUGCUAUUACACCAUAUACGGUUAUAAAUGCAAUAAUGCUUGAUCCCUAUAUAACACAAGAUCCAGUUGCAAAUGCAAUAUUAUCUUCUGCUAAAAUAUUAUCGAUUAUUUUACUUUAUAGUUGCUUUGCAAGUCCAUUUUAUAUUUAUAUGUGUGCAUCAGAACGUUUUCGUCAUCAAUUAGUUUUUGUUCUUUUCAAAAUUCAUUUGCAACGAUGGCGUCAUCGAAAUGUUGUUACCGAUUUAGUUAUUCCACAACAAUAA